AUGACUAUUCGUCUUAUACUAAGUCCAAAGUCCCAAGUCGUCUUCGAGCGGCAAUCAGAAGAUGACGUGAGGAAAGACCAAAAGCCUGAACUAGAAACCAGGAACCCACAAAAGACUGAGAGGCUACAGAGAACCAAAAAGCCCGCACACCGGACUAGAAGCGCAAAAUGGUAUCUCUCGAUGCCUCCUCGCAGUAGUUAG